GAGCUUACACGAUAAGGCGAAGAAAUUUUAAUUAAUCAAGAGAAGUUCAGGGCAGGGAUCGAUGGAGUGGAGAAAAUGUUAUCUAGAUGUCAUACUUGUUCCGCUUGGAUUCUUUAUCACCCUGGCCUAUCACAUAUGGUUAUGGCAUAAGGUCAGAACACAACCUCUCUCCACCAUCAUUGGUACUAACGCAAGCGGCCGCCGCUACUGGGUAUCUGCCAUGAUGAAGGACAACGACAAGAAGAACAUCUUGGCCGUCCAAACGCUUAGAAACUUGAUAAUGGGAUCCACCUUAAUGGCCACUACAUCAAUCCUUCUCUCAGCUGGGCUGGCAGCCAUUAUAAGCAGCACUUAUAGCGUGAAGAAACCUUUAAACGAUGCCGUAUACGGGGCUCAUGGUGAAUUCAUGGUGGCAUUAAAAUAUGUGACCCUGCUAUGCUUGUUCCUCUUCUCAUUCUUUUGCCACUCUCUGUCCAUAAGGUUUGUGAACCAGGUGAACUUGCUCAUCAACACUCCACCUGACCCCAUGUCCAUAGUGACCCCUGACUACGUAACGGAGCUGCUAGAGAAGGGUUUUGUUCUGAACACAGUGGGCAACAGACUGUUUUACGCAGCCAUGCCCUUUCUGUUGUGGAUAUUUGGGCCAGUGCUGGUGUUCCUGUGCUCUGUUACGAUGAUCCCAGUGCUUUACAAUUUAGACUUUGUGGUCAGCAGUACCAAGAAAAAGAGCCAUGUCAACAAUGGGGAUGGGGAUAGGGAUUUUGUAUGAGGAGUGUAUUCAGUAAUUGUCUAGUAAUUAUUAAUAUCAUAUCAGUUGGAGUUUUCAUUAACCAA